AUGGGGCUUGCCAAAUUGAUAGAAUACAGUGAUGACUCACAGUCUGGAACAGAUAUUGUUUCAAUAUUUCAGCAUGUUGAUAUCGUUUUACAUGGACAUGUUCACACGCAUCGCGUGCCACAUAAGCAUGUUCACAAACAUCGUGUUCUUCAUAAACAUCUCCACAAACAUCAAGUUUUACAUGGACAUGUUCACACGCACCGUGUUCUACAUAAACAUGUUCACAAACAUCGUGUUCUACAUAAACAUCUCCACAAACAUCAAGUUUUACAUGGACAUAUUCACACGCAUCGCGUUCUACAUAAACAUCUCCACAAACAUCAAGUUUUACAUGGACAUGUUCACACGCAUCGCGUGCUACAUAAGCAUGUUCACAAACAUCGUGUUCUUCAUAAACAUCUCCACAAACAUCAAGUUUUACAUGAACAUGUUCACAUGCAUCGUGUUCUACAUAAACAUGUGCACAAGCAUCGUGUUUUACACAAACAUGUUCACAAGCAUCACGUUCUACACAAGCAUGUUCACAGUCAUCGCGUUCUACAUAAACAUGUGCACAAACAUCGCGUUGAACACCAACAUGUCCACAACCAUCGCGUUCUACAUAAACAUCUCCACAAACAUCAAGUUUUACAUGGACAUGUUCACAGGCAUCAAGUUCUACAUAAGCAUGUCCACAACCAUCGCGUUCUACAUAAACAUCUCCACAAACAUCAAGUUUUACAUGGACAUGUUCACACGCACCGUGUUCUACAUAAACAUGUUCACAAACAUCGUGUUCUACAUAAACAUCUCCACAAACAUCAAGUUUUACAUGGACAUAUUCACACGCAUCGCGUUCUACAUAAACAUCUCCACAAACAUCAAGUUUUACAUGGACAUGUUCACACGCAUCGCGUGCUACAUAAGCAUGUUCACAAACAUCGUGUUCUUCAUAAACAUCUCCACAAACAUCAAGUUUUACAUGGACAUGUUCACACGCACCGUGUUCUACAUAAACAUGUUCACAAACAUCGUGUUCUACAUAAACAUCUCCACAAACAUCAAGUUUUACAUGGACAUAUUCACACGCAUCGCGUUCUACAUAAACAUCUCCACAAACAUCAAGUUUUACAUGGACAUGUUCACACGCAUCGCGUGCUACAUAAGCAUGUUCACAAACAUCGUGUUCUUCAUAAACAUCUCCACAAACAUCAAGUUUUACAUGAACAUGUUCACAUGCAUCGUGUUCUACAUAAACAUGUGCACAAGCAUCGUGUUUUACACAAACAUGUUCACAAGCAUCACGUUCUACACAAGCAUGUUCACAGUCAUCGCGUUCUACAUAAACAUGUGCACAAACAUCGCGUUGAACACCAACAUGUUCACAAGCAUCACGUUCUACACAGUCAUCACGUUGUUCACAGCCAUGUUUACAAACAUCGAGUUGUUCAUAGCCAUGUCCACAAACACAACGUUGUACACAGCCAUGUUCACAGACAUCAAAUUCUACACCGACAUGUUCACAGACAUCAAGUUGUACACCGACAUGUUCACAGGCAUCUUAUUGCUCAUAGACAUAUUCACAGCCACCAAACUGCUGUUCAUAGGCAUGUCCACACACACGUUUUUGAGGGAAAUUUCAAUGAUGAUGGGACAGAUGUCAAUUUGAGAAUAAGACAUGGCAUCAUUUACUUCGGAGGAAACACAUACCGUCUAAGUGGUGGUCGAAGAAGAUUUAUGAGUCUUUGGCAGGAAUGUCUUGAAUCAUACGGUGACAGCAACGAAUGUUUUGUGCAGUUAGGAAACCAACAUCUAUUUACGGUUAUUCAAGGUAUACUUAGUUUAGGCUGUUUUCUCACAGUCAACAAAACAAUGUCAUUGUUCAGGUUAUUAAUUCUCAAAAACAUUAUUAUUUGUGGAAAUUAUAAAAAUACCAGGCUUUUAAUUUAACACGGCAAACACGCG